AUGGCAGCAACGGCGGGGGUGAGGGACUCGAGGAAGACUGAGGUUCGAAGGAAGGAGGAGGGAGAGGGAGGGAAGGGGAAGGGGGAGGGGGAGAGGGAGAGGGAGGCAACCCAGACUGUAGAUGUCGAUGGGAGAGUCAGGGAGCUGCUGGAGAGUCGGAGCGAGCAUGGCGACAUAGACGAGCUGCUGCGAGACGCAUCGAGCAUGGUGACGUCUCUCGGGGACGUUGACCCUCAUGCUGUUGAGGAGCUCAUCAGGGACCUCGUCAACGCUCAGAACCCGCUCGGAGCAUGCAUCAGGAAGAGGGUAGAAGAAGCCUCAGGCAAGAUGGAGGGAGGGCGGCAUGGUGAGGGCAGGGAGGAGGAGGCAGUCCGAUGGGAGCAGGUGGAGCGGUGGUGGAGCAUGCAUGGAGAAGGCAGGCUGCGUGCUCUGAUACGGGAAGAGCUUCAGUGUUACACAGAGACGCACAAGAAGCUCGAGAAGCGGCUCAAGGAAGCGAGCUCUCUGCUGAGGAGGGUAGCGAGCGUCAGCAACAAAGUUUUGCUGGCAAGCAGCCAGCGCAGGGCGAGCAACGAGCCCAAGGAAGGAAGCUUGCUGAACGUGAGCGAGCAUGGCACAGACAGGAAGCUGUCAAGGCAAGAGGCGGGCCAAGGCCAUAUCAACAGCACAAGGCCUGCUGGUACUCCGUGGGUACAGGCUCCAACGAGCUUCCGCCUGCCUUUCGAGAUCAGCCUGGAGGAUAUCGGGGAGGACAGCGACUGGAAGUUGGAGGAGGGAAGGGAUUUCACUCCUGCGAGGGAUCGGAUUCAAGGAAGGAAGAGCAAGAGACGAGUCAAGUCAGCAGAUCCUUCCGCUGCUCGCAGACGAGACGCUGCUAGGGCAGCGGAGGCACGAUGGGGCUCGGGGCGGGAGACAGGAGGGCCUCUGAGUCAGAGCCUGACGUCCCUCGACUCGUUCCGGUCAGCGUUUGAGAAGGAGCUGCAGAGGAGGAUGGAGGAGGUGAGACUGCUGGUGGCGCUGGGAGAGGAGGGAGGGGGCUGA